AUGCUCCCCCGGCUGGGUACCGCGCGGCAUUUGAAACACCGGUAUUCCAUACUGACACUUGCCCUCAGACCCGUUGCUGGCACAGCAGUCGGUCUUGGCAUUUCACGAUCUGCAGCCAUGUCUACUUUCACGCUCCCGGACUCCCAUACACGUGUCAACAGCACGGCGGAGCUGUCCGAGGACGAUCUACUUGCCUUUCCGGCGUUCAAGGUCUGGAUCUCGACGCUUCAGCGUUCGUUGGCAAGGCAGGCGAACCCCGGACAUGAGUUCCAUGGAGAUCCGUAUAUCCUACGCACGAUUGACAUCCAGGCUGUUGAUCGGUUUGGGGGCAAUAGACUGGGAUUCGUCAAGUUGAAGGCUGAUGUGUCUAAUGGCCAGGGUGAGAGUUUGCCUGGGAGCGUGUUUUUACGAGGUGGGAGUGUGGGGAUGUUGCUCAUCCUACAACCAGAUGAUAUCCCUGCAUCACAAGUAAAGGGGAAAUGGGCUAUACUCACCAUCCAACCCCGUAUCCCAGCGGGUUCCCUGGCAUUUGCAGAAAUUCCAGCUGGAAUGCUAGAUGAUCACGGGACUUUUGCUGGUGGUGCUGCGAAAGAGAUCCAAGAGGAGACAGGGUUACGUGUGCACGAGAAUGAGUUGAUUGAUAUGACCGCGCUGGCAUUACAGUCGAUGCCUCAACUAGAUGAGGGAGAUGGGAUUCUCCAGAAGGCGGUUUAUCCUUCCCCUGGGGGAAGUGAUGAGUUUAUCCCCUUGUUCUUGUGUCAAAAGCGUAUGCCUCGGAAGGAUAUUGAGGAGUUGCAAGGAAAAUUGACUGGCGAGCGUGAUCAUGGAGAGAAGAUUACGCUAAAGGUUGUUCCGUUGGAGAAUUUGUGGAAGGAGGGUUUGAGAGAUGGGAAAACUUUGGCUGCUUGGGCUAUUUAUUCAGGCUUAUUGCAGGAAGGGAAGAUUUGA